AUGCUAGCGGCAGCGUUCGGCCGACAUUCCAUCUCAAGGCGGGACGUCUACUUGUUCGGCUACAUUAUUUUGAUAUCCGCGUUGUUAGUGGGACCCGCAGAGAGCUCCGGGCUUAGGUUGUGUGGAAGCAAACUGACAAAGACGCUGUUGGCAAUCUGCCGAGGUCAGCUGUGCGGCGGCGGUUUCAUGAUGCCGAUGCCAGCCAAGCGGAAUGCUCCCGGCCAAACACAACGAAUCGACUUUUUACAAGCACAUGCAGCCAUCAAAAGGGGUGGCGUGGCGACGGAGUGCUGCGAGCGGAGAUGCUCGUUCUCAUAUCUCAAGAGUUUCUGCUGCGACGAG